CCCGUACUCCCAUCUGUCCUCGAUAGGACUGCAUGGCGUAACAUAUCCUCAAAUGCAGCACUCGCAUCGCCAGCAUCGUCCUCAUCCUUCCAAUGGACCUUCACCUGCCCGUCCGCCACAGCCAUCUGCUCCUGUUGGGUCAGGAUUGGAACGGAUAACUCGAGCGGACUCGAAGUCGGACGGGAACGUCCGCGAGCUGAAGACUGUACAUCUACCACGCGAAUGCUUGCCUCGCUUCCUAUCCAUAGCUGCUGCCAACACCGCGCGAAAUCGUGAGACAUGCGGUUUGUUGUUAGGCAGGGACAAGGGCCACAAGUAUGUUGUGUCCUGCCUCUUGAUUCCGAAGCAGCAUUCAACGAGUGAUACCUGCGCGAUGGACGAGGAAGAGCUCGUGCUGGAGUUUCAGGAAGAACGGAACCUCAUUACAUUGGGAUGGAUCCAUACACAUCCUACGCAAUCAUGCUUCAUGUCAUCGGUCGAUCUGCAUACCCAUGGCGGUUUCCAGAGGAUGCUACCCGAGUCGUUCGCGGUCGUGUGCGCGCCCACAUCCACUCCAAACUAUGGCAUCUUUCGCUUGACGGAUCCUCCAGGUCUUCAGACCAUCUUGGAUUGUCAUGAGAAGGAAGCGUUUCAUCCUCAUCCUGAUCUUCCUAUAUAUACCGAUGCCGACAAAGGUCAUGUACAAAUGAAGGACAUUGGUGUAGAGAUUGUGGACUUACGGUGAAUAUUCUUCGAACCUUGACAUUUCCUGCGGGUCCUGUUUUCUGUCUAUUUCUAAGCAUGAGUUGGAGAUCCAUGUCCCAUCAUUGUACCAUACAUCACUGCAUACUGUACUUUCCGAG